AUGACCUGGAUCUCAGCUUUUGUAAUACAGCAAUCCCCAAAAUGUCGCAUCGACUACCACAACCUUCCCGCUUCCGUCAGCCUUGACCCUGGGUGUAGCCAUGUGACGUGUGGCUCGCAGUGUGGCGCCCCCUGUCCAUCAGCACGUGACUGUCAACAAAAUGGAGUCUUGGUGUGUAAGGUGUCUGCCCUGCCUACAGCCUUUACGUGUGGCUACGAUGAAGCCAACUGCUACGUUUUUCAAAAGGUCACCAACUGCACUAACGGGGGCACAGUGGCACCUGAUGGCACCUGUGUGUGUCCUACGGGCUUCAUGGGGAACUUGUGUCAACACUACGUUCACACCUGCGCCGACAUCUACCAGCGUGACUCCAGCAGCGCUGAUGGCGAGUAUACUCUCCUUACCUCCCAGGACGACGUCAUUAACGUCUAUUGCCGCUUCAAGAGCAGCGUGGUCACAACAUACUUCUCCAAGGCUGCUGUAGCAAAACUCAGCACAGAGGAACUUCGUCUACACUUCAACUCCAACACCGCAGUCGACCUCGUCGCAAAACUGAGUGACGGAACGCAGUCUGAAUCAAUCCUUACCCAGCUGACCUCAUUCUCCACUGUACCCCUGAGAGUCAUGGUCAGUGAAUACACUGACUAUUCUGCACCCUCCAAUACAAACUUGGGGCCUUAUCUUUACCUCGGGUUCCUUCCGACCACAAGAAUAUCGAAAAAUUUCAGACAUGGCUACAACGCCAAUGGUGCCGAUAAAGACUUCAACAACUGUGAUGGAAACCCAAAUAAUUACUUCACUUUAUUUUCUAAUAUUAACAACCAGUCACCAACGAGGAGUAGUGGUGGUAUGUGUAGUUCCUGCAUCAUGGCGCACUGGAAGACUGAUGCCCGGAUGUUACAAUCCGGAGACUAUCUUCCCGACAACUAUAUCUUCGACACGGAAAUUCACUUCGGGGGCUGUGGUGGUUUUGGCAUCACUACUAGCUGGAACAACGUUGAUGGAUUCGCACUUGGCGUCAAAUAUGAUGUCUAGCAGCUCGGAACGGAGGUUCCUGAAUGCAAGCACGACUGAAAGGACCCCAGUACUGAACACACAACAUGCAUUAACAGCUAAUGCUGUUAUUGAUGAAACAGACAUUAUCGGGGAUAUGAGUUAUCUGAAAAGGAACACUGAUAGGACGAGAGGCUUUAUACUUCUCAGACCACGCUUUCAAUGAUGGAAUCAAUCAGCGAUCAAUCCUAUCAACCACCCCUGUAUAACGAUUAUUCAUCAUCCCCAUUUGCUUUCAUAUGCUCAUCAAAAAAAGUAAGGGAUACUCGGAAUAUUUUAAACAUGGGGAACAUUAUUGGAGAUAGUAGUUUCUAGUGAAUGGGUGAGUGAGUGAGUUUAGCAAUAUUCCAGCUAUAUGGCGGCGGUCUGUAAAUAAUCGAGUCUU